GUGUCUCAAUUCAUAAGACAAUCAAGGUUAGCUAGCUACGAAAAUGAUAAGUUCUCGGUUUCAAAGAUUGAACUCCUUAACCUCCCUACCCUCAAUCCCCAACCUCUCACCUUCCUCCAACAAUGGCGGACAUUUCUUCCUCCCGCUGUAUUCAUGCCGCCAUUUGCCAAAAAAGAACGUGAAGUUCUCCGUGCAUGCUGUUUCUACGGAUCUCAAGGCAGUGUCGAGAAGGGUUAGAGAUGAAUCUAAUCAAGAAAUGGAAGUAAUUCAAAUGUUUGUUCGAGUUAAAGAAAGAAAAGAAGGGUUCUUCGAUAAAUUAAAUUUGACAAAAGCAAGCCACAAUAGUGUUAUUGCCCUUGGUAAAUCGUUGAUCUUGGAGCUUGUUAGCGUUGAUCUUGACUAUGAUAAGGGAUUGGAGAAAGAAAGCAUCAAGGGUGCUUACAAAGGUAGAGCAAGCAAAGAAGAUGGUUAUGUAAAAUUGGAGUUUGAAUUCCUCCUGCCAAAAGCUUUUGGAGAAAUUGGAGCUGUUCUGGUUGAAAAUGAACUCCAUGAGGAGAUGUACGUAAAGGACUUGAUACUCGUUACUGAAUUAUCUAAUACUCUUACUUUCCUAAUUGAGACUUGGGUUCAAUCCAAGUUUGAUAAUCCUACAAAGAGAGUCUUCUUCGCCAACAAGUCAUACUUGCCGCAAGAGACUCCAAAAGGAUUGGAAAGAUUAAGAAAAGAUGAUCUUGAAAACAAAAGAGGAAAUGGAGAAGGAGAGCGUAAAAAUUCUGAAAAUAUCUACGAUUAUGCUACGUAUAAUGAUCUUGGCGAUCCAGAUACUAGCAAAGAACUUAAAAGGCCUGUUCUUGGAGGCACGAAACAUCCAUAUCCGAGACGUUGCAGGACGGGAAUGCCAGUUUCUAAAAUGGAUUCUUUAUCAGAAGAAAAAAGUAAUGGAACUCCGUAUGUGCCGAGAGAUGAGGCAUUUUCUGAUGAAAAGCAAUUGAGUUUUCAAGGCAGCUCCAUUAAGUCUGUGCUUCAAACAUUAAUUCCAAUGCUCGGUAGUCGACUUCAAGAUCCAACAAGCGGAUUUUCUUCCUUCACUUCCAUUGACUCACUCUUCAAUGAAGGAAUCGACUUGUCCAAACCCGAAAAUCUUGGACUCUUCCGAUCAAUCAUCACGAGGGUUGUCAACUUUGUUACAAGCCAAGAUGAUAUUUUACGUUUCGAUACUCCAGAAUUGAUUGACAGAGACAAGUUUGCCUGGUUGCGGGAUCAAGAAUUCGCUAGAGAAACACUUGCCGGUCUUAACCCAUAUAGCAUACAACUAGUUAGAGAAUGGCCAUUAAAAAGUAAGCUCGAUCCCGAGAUCUAUGGACCUCUAGAAUCUUUGAUAACGAAAGAACUCAUCGAAAAAGAGAUCAAAGGCAUCAUAACUCUUGAAGAGGCUUUGGAGCAGAAAAGGAUUUUUAUUCUGGAUUUCCAUGAUUUAUUAUUACCUUAUGUGAGCAAGGUGAGGAAGAUUGAAGGUACCACCUUGUAUGCUUCUCGAACACUCCUCUUCCUCAACGACAAUGGGACCCUCAGGCCUCUCGCUAUCGAACUAACUCGGCCACGAGAUGGUGACAAUCCGCAAUGGAAGCAAGUUUUCACACCCUGCUACGAUGCCGUAGGUUGCUGGCUAUGGAUGCUGGCUAAGGCUCAUGUCGCUGCUCAUGACUCGGCUUACCAUGAACUCAUUUCCCACUGGCUAAGGACUCAUGCUUCUGUGGAACCAUAUGUAAUAGCAGCUAAUAGGCAACUAAGUGCAAUGCAUCCGAUUUAUAGACUUUUGCAUCCUCACUUUAGAUACACAUUGGCAAUUAACGCUAUUGCUAGGCAAAAUCUCAUCAAUGCGGGUGGGAUCAUCGAGAGCAGCUUCUCAACAAACAAAUAUUCAAUGGAGCUGAGCUCAGAUGUGUAUAAUCAACUAUGGCAGUUUGACAUGGAAGCCUUCCCUGCGGAUCUUAUUAGAAGGGGAAUGGCAGUUGAAGAUCCAACAGCUAAACAUGGUCUGAAACUAACAAUUGAAGAUUACCCUUUUGCUAAUGAUGGUCUAAUCCUCUGGGAUGCUAUUAAGCAAUGGAUUGCAGACUAUGUCAACCAUUACUACCCAGAUGACAAUCUGAUCAUGUCUGAUACCGAACUUCAAGGCUUCUGGACAGAAGUCAGAACAAAAGGACAUGGUGAUAAGAAGGACGAACCAUGGUGGCCUGUUAUAAAAACACAAGAAGAUCUUAUCCAGGUUUUAACAACUAUAAUCUGGGUAUCUUCUGCAGUUCAUGCUGCUGUAAACUUUGGUCAAUAUGCCUUCGGUGGUUACUUCCCCAACCGACCUACAAUAGCUCGAAUCAACAUGCCAACUGAGGAGCCAGACAAGGAUGAGUUCAGUGAAUUCUUGAAGAAACCAGAAUCUACCUUGUUAAAAUGCUUCCCUUCACAGAUACAAGCAACAACAGUAAUGGCUGUUCUGGAAAUUUUAUCCACUCACUCACCUGAUGAGGAGUAUAUCGGACAGAUUCCAGAGGCUUCAUGGAUAGAGGACCCUGUGAUUAAAGAGGCAUUUGAUAGAUUUAAUGUCAAAUUAAAGGAACUUGAAAAGAUUAUAGAUGAGAGAAAUGGUAAUUUGAAACUGAAGAACAGAAGUGGAGCUGGAGUUGUUCCAUAUGAGCUCUUAAAGCCAUUCUCACCACCUGGAGUUACUGGAAAAGGAGUUCCUAAUAGCAUCUCCAUUUAAUAUAAAAUCUACUUAAAAUAUAUAUAAAUGGGUGCUAACAGAUUUUUAUAUAUCUUAGGAGAUUUGACCA